AUGGACAAAUUUAUAAUAAGGAAAAAGGAUAGAGCGGAUGAAGGUACAAGUGGGAGUACCCCAAAAUCGUCUAAACCCGUUCCUAAUUGUGAUGAGCAAGUUGAUUUAGAAAAUCUUCCAAUUGAUCCGGCAGAAAGAACACGAAUUUCAGACUAUCCUUCUAAAUUCCAAGAGGCGGAUAGGUUAGAUUUUCAUGUUGGUGAUAUUGAAAGCUCACACAGUAAAGCUGUUGAAAAAUAUUUAAAUCUGAAAAAUGUCCAUGCUUCCAUUGAAACAAUAUUCAAUCCAUUGCAAACACCUCAAAUGAAAAAUGAUUAUAAGACUCGUUUAAAUACAUCUAUUGUAUGUGUUAGAUAUUUGUUGCGGAUGGGAUUGGCAUUUCGUGGUCAUGAUGAAUCUGAUGAGUCAAGUAAUCGGGGAAAUUUCAUUGAACUUGUAAAAGUUGCUGCUGUUUUGAAUGGUGAAAUUGAUAAAGUUGUGUUAAACAAUGCUCCCAAAAAUCUACAAAUGACUGCUCCUAGUAUUCAAAAAGAUAUUGUGCAUGCAUGUGCUAAGGAAACAACUAAAGCUAUUAUUGAAGAACUUGGAGGUGAUUUGUUUGGCAUACUAGUUGAUGAAUCUAGUGAUGUUUCUGUCAAAGAGCAAUUGGUUGUUGUGUUGCGUUUUGUUAAUAAGUCGGGUUUGGUUGUGGAACGCUUUCUUGGACUUAUGCAUGUUCCUAAUACUUGUGCCAUAUCUCUCAAAUCUGCCAUUGAAUCUUUAUUGUUGGAAAAUGGGUUAAGUAUGACAAGUGUACGAGGACAAGAUUAUGAUGGGGCAAGUAAUAUGCGUGGUGAAUUUGGUGGACUUAAAACAUUGGUUUUGAAUGAAAAUAGGUCAGCUUAUUAUGUUCAUUGUUUUUCCCAUCAGUUACAAUUAACACUUGUAGGAACUUCUAAGAAUCAUGUUGAUGUAAUUUGGUUCUUUGAUGUCGUUUCUGAUAUACUCAAUGUUGUUGGAUCUUCUUGUAAGAAACAAGAUAUUCUUCGAGAAAAACGUGCCAUGAGAGUUGCAGAGCAAAUAAAUAAUGGUGAGAUUGAAACUGGAAAGGGGUUAAACCAAGAACUUGGUCUAAAAAGACUGGGGGAAACAAGGUGGGGAUCUCAUUAUAAAUCAUUGUUGAAUUUGAUUGAGUUGUACCCAUAUGUGAUUGAUGUAUUGGAUUUCAUUUAUAGUGAUGCUUCUUUUUCGGGACAUAGAAAGAAUGCACGUGGUCUUAUGGUUUCAUUACACUCAUUUGAUUUUGCAUUCAUACUGCACCUCAUGUUUGAUAUUUUGGGUAUCACAAAUGAGUUAUCAUUAGCAUUGCAAACGGAGGAUCAAGAUAUUAUCAAUGCAAUGGAUUUGGUCGGAGCAUCCAAGCAACGCCACCAAUUGAUGAGAGAUGAUGAGUUUGAGGAUUUGUUAGAAAAGGUAAAUCAGUUUUGUUAUGGUCAUGAUAUUGAUGUUCCUAACAUGAAUGAUUUUUAUAUGACUCCAGGAAGACCAAAGAGAAAUGCUCCAAAAAUCACUUAUGAACAUCACUAUCGUGUAGAGGUGUUUUAUGCUACUAUUGAUUUACAACUUCAAGAGCUUAACAAUCGUUUCAAUGAAAUCAAUACGGAGUUGCUCCGUUGUGUGGCUUGCUUGUGUCCUAAGAACUCAUUCCAUAAUUUUGAUGUGGUGAAAUUGGUAAGAAUGGCAGAACUAUAUCCCUAUGAUUUUGAUUCAAAUGAUAUUAGGGGAAUUUCUUCUGAGUUGAGAAACUUUAUCAUUGAUGUGCGACAACGUGAUGAGUUUCAAGGGAAAUAUGUGAUAUAUCCAUCGGUAAAUAUUCUCAUAAAGCUAGCAUUGCUUUUACCAGUUGCGACUGCAAGUGUGGAAAGAGCCUUUUCUGCCAUGAAAUAUGUGAAGUCCGAAUUGCGUAAUAAGAUGGGUGAUCACUUUUUGAAUGAUUGUUUGGUGGCAUACAUUGAAAGGGAUAUUUGUGAGACUAUUUCCAAUGAAACUGUUAUGUACCACUUUCAAAAUAUGAAACCUCGUCGAGGGCAACUACCUUAG